UGCAUUGGGUGUGUUUUUGUAACUUGAAAUUCAUCAGAAAUUUUAGUAACAUAAUUUGAAUUCUCAACAAAAUUUACAUUUAAAGUUUCAGCAAUUUUAGAUUUAGUUAGUAAAAUUAAAGAAUUGUGCUUUUCAUUCUAAUCAGAUGAAAUGAUUACCAAAAAAAUGCCUGUAAAAGACUCGCAUAUCGUUAAAAUAGCAGUCGAAUUUCCAGAAAAUGUAGCACAACUUAUUAACUUGGACCAAAGACAACCGUUGACGGGAAAAAUUCAAGAGCUAUGCAACAAUUGGAGUAUAACCGACGCCGAAAACUAUGCGCUUCAAUUUUGUGAGUUGAACAACCAUCGAUUUGUAACUGAGAAAAACCGUACAGAAAUAAAAAAUGGAUCUGUUCUGCGUUUGCAAUUAUCUCCAUCAAAAAAGGCCAAAGACACCGUUGAAAUAUUGAAAUCUGAGUCCAAAACAGAUAAAGUUAAUUGCCUGAAAGAAUUAUCUGCACUAAGCGUUGAUUUGACUUUUGCCUUAGAAUUUAUUAAAGAACAAGGUCUUACGCUUUUGAUAAAUAUUAUUGAAGAUACCAAUACUGAAGACGAAAUCCUAAAAUACAGCUUAGCAAGCUUUGUAGAAUUAAUGGAGCAUGGAAUAGUUUCAUGGGAAAUUCUACAAACUCGCUUUGUCACGAGAAAUAUCUUUAUAGUCUGCGAUUUUGCGAAUUUCUCGAAAGUGUGCGUCGAAAGAGCGUUGUCAAUUUUAGAAAAUAUUGUUCAGAAUAGCGGGAAAUAUAUUCAAGUCGAAAAUGAAGUAACAUUUGAAGAUAUCCUUCGUCUAUUACAAGACUCAAAUUCCUUAGUUAUUCGUCAGAACACCAUCGCUCUGAUAAAUGCGUUAUUUAUGAAGGCGGACGAUGCAAGAAAGCGCCAAAUAACUUUGACACUUAGUAAAAAACAAUAUCGGUCCGUGCUGAUUGCCGAUGUCACUGGUACUGAAAUUCAACAUCAGCUGUAUAUUUUACAGACUCUAACAUUAGGACUACUUGAAAAUCGUAUGCGGAUGAAAAUAAACCCCCAAGAUCAAGACGCGUACGAUAAAAUUAAGGAACUCAAAAAAAUAGCAUUUGACGAUUACCCUAUUGGUGCUCCAAUUGGUGAGGAACAACGGCGAGGGGGAAAUGUUAAUUUCUCGCAAUAUUAUAAAAAGCUAGGCUUUAAAUGUGACGUCAAUCCAGCUCAAGAUUUUACAGAAACUCCACCAGGCAUAUUGGCCCUAGAUUGUAUGGCGUAUUUUGCUCGGAAUUACACUCAACAAUAUACGAAAGUUGUACACGAGAACACAUGUCGCGCCUAUGAGCACGAGUGUCCUUUUGGAAAAACAUCCAUCGAAUUGGUUAAAAUGCUAUGUGAACUUCUGAGAAUAGGAGAGCCUCCAUCAGAGCAGUCCAUGGGUUUUCAUCCUAUGUUCUUCACCCAUGACCACCCGUUUGAGGAGUUCUUCUGUAUUUGCAUAAUUACUUUGAACAGAACAUGGAAAGACAUGCGCGCAACUGCUGAGGAUUUCCAAAAAGUAUUGAGUGUUGUACGCGAGCAAAUUAAUAGGACACUCAAGAUAAGGCCUGAAAAUUUGGAAGAUUUUCGUUUUAAAAUAGGUCAGCUUAACUAUCAAGCAAUCACAAAUUUGCGUCAACAAGAACGUACUUCGAAAGAAGAAUGUGAGUCGACAGCAUCGUCAAUAGUUCGACUUAAAGAAAAAAUCAGUCCCGACGUUAUCAAUCUCAUAAAGCAGCAACGCUUGACUUUCCUUGUAGAGGGAACUCGUUUUUCUAAAUAUUCCAGAGGUGUUCGCAGUAAGGAUAAGUUUUGGUAUGCCAGACUAUCGCCAAAUCAUAAGGUCAUCCAUUACGGUGAUUGUGACGAAAAAGCCAUUCCAACUAUAGAAGAUCUAACAAACAAGGUAUUAGUGAUAGACAUAAAGCAAUUGCUUGUGGGAAAAGAGUGUCCACACAUGAAGGAGAUGCGGGCUAGAAAAUCGGCAGCGAAUCUAGGCUUUUCGAUUACUUUCGAUAAUAUGGAUCAUUCGACGCUAGACUUCGUAGCUCCCGAAGAACUUAUAUUUAAUUAUUGGACAGAUGGCAUUAACGCUCUGUUAGGGCAGGAAAUGACGAGUAAACAAAAAGAAGAGGACUUCGAAGUGUUACUAUCUAUGAAAAUUAAACUCCGGCUUCUCGAUACUGAGGGUGUUGACAUAAGCAAUGGACAUCCAAUUGUCCCAGAAGAUCCGCCAAAUUAUGAUUUUUGUUUUGAAAACUAAACGUUUACAUUUUUAAUCAAAAGUAUUAUUUAAGUUUUAUUAAUGCAUAAGCACAACCAAAGAUUCUUUUUGAGUUAAUGUUUUAAAAGUUCAUUUUUAUUGUACCCCCAUUUAUUAAUAGUUCAUUUUUUAUAAUAUAUCAAAAAUAUUAAAAAAAAAACUUAUAUACAUACAUA